UGCAAGGACACCUGUACACGCUCCAGCUGGCAGGCGGACUUUGGAUGUUUGGCAGAAAAUUAAAGUCAGCAGUACAUUUGAACCUCAGAUCCACUGAAGUCCUUCAAACUGUGGACGCUGCGCUGUUGAUAAGCGCGAAGAAGAGAUAGUUGUAGUUGGGAGUGCAGGGAGCAGACAGACGAGCUUUGCGCGGACUUUUGCGUCUCCGUCGUUCAUUUAUUUGCAGCCCACACUGACUGAUGCUCAUAGAAAAGUGACAUGCAAUCGGGAGUGAAUGCGCUGAAGUCGUAGAUAAACUGCGGCUCGCACAGAUCCUGCAGGUUCAGCUUGGUGAUCCGAAAAGAACUGAGAGGGAGGGAAGCAUGAAAUCCACGAGUCAGGAUCAGAGUUUGUCAGACUCCAGAGAGCUGGACAGAUCUUACGACCCACUCACAGGUAAUCCUCCAUCCAAACCCAAUAAAAAGACCUUAAAGCAGCGCUUCCUCAAACUGCUGCCCUGCUGUCGUUCUGGCUCCAGCUCUUCAGUUGAUCAAAGGAGCAUAGUUGAAGAUGGUGAACUAUCGACAGUGUGUUACAGACCUGAGGGCCUUGACCGUCUUGUACAGCAGACCAAAUUCAGCAAAAAAGAGCUGCAGGUCCUCUACCGGGGAUUCAAAAAUGAGUGUCCGAGUGGUGUGGUGAAUGAGGAGACGUUUAAAAGCAUCUACUCCCAGUUCUUCCCUCAGGGAGAUUCAAGUAUGUAUGCGCAUUUCUUGUUUGAAGCCUUUGACACACAGAACAAUGGCUCGGUCAACUUUGAGGACUUUGUUAUAAGUCUGUCCAUCAUCCUGAGAGGCUCCAUCACUGAUAAACUCAACUGGGCCUUUAAUCUGUAUGAUAUCAACAAGGACGGCUGCAUCACCAGAGAGGAGAUGACAGAAAUAAUGCACUCCAUCUAUGACAUGAUGGGGAAGUAUACAUACCCCCACAUGAAAGAUAGUGCACCGAAAGAGCAUGUUGACAGCUUCUUUCAGAAAAUGGACAAGAACAACGAUGGAGUGGUCACGAUGGAUGAGUUCCUUGAGACGUGUCAGAAGGAUGGGAACAUCAUGCAGUCCAUGCACAUGUUUGAUAAUGUGAUCUAAGCAUUGGUGGACAUAGACAGAAAACAGAUUUCCCACCUGUUUGGAGCUCUCGGCUCAAAUGCAGCUCAUCGCCAGCGUGGAUGAAUUUUCUGAGCUUCGACAGCGGUCCAAGGUUCAAGUAGCAGUGACCUAAAGAUACCGACCCCAAACACACAUUUUCUAAAAUACUUUUAAUGAAUAGACUGAGCAGAAUGAGUCAAGUGUUGAUGCAAAAUUACUUGACUUGUGGGAAAUGUGAGAUUUUAUUUUUUAUACUACACAUACGAAUGAAAGCGUUAAAGGCACGCCAGGUUGCAGUCUGACGAAAACAAGAAGUGCUAAUGAACAGUUUCCUCAAGAAAGCAGCAGAUAUGCACAAGCAGCUGCGAUUUUAAAAUUUGAUGACGUUCUUUCUAAAUUAUGACUAUUACAAUAUUUCUCUAUUGCAUGUGUUUACACACUAAAGUGAGACAGAGGCACCGGUUAUACAGACGUGGAACAAAUGGAAUAACUCUUAAAUGUUGUAAAGUAUCACACACUCUCUCUAAUCACUCUUGUCCUAUAACAGAGGAUAGCUUUAAGUUUGAAAUCAAAGCAAUAAUCUUACAUAUUAUCAGUUCUUAUCUGUUCUCUGUGUUCUUAUAGAGCUCACCACUCACAUUUAUUAUAAUUGUGCAUAUUGUGUGCAUGAUGUAUCUGUUUUCAUUGAAUAGUUUAAUGAAAGUGUUAAUAUAUUUUCUAUAUGGGCAUAGUAACGAUGGUGAGGAGGAAACUAAAAAUCACACAGUUGCUAUGCAAAAGCAAAACUCA